AAUUUGGGUCCUUUUGUAGAGCUUGAUUGACAUUGCUGGAUACAUUUGUUUCUAGGGGUGUAAUUGGAUCUUGUAGCUGCUUUAUAAUGACCUCUAGCACGACAGGAGAUCGAAGAUGGGGUACUACAAGAAGAAGUGGCAUGACUAUAUUGGGAAAGGUUGCUGUUCCAAAACCGAUUAACUUACCAAGCCAAAGGUUAGAGAACCAAGGCCUUGACCCAAAUGUAGAAAUUGUUCCAAAGGGGACCCUUAGUUGGGGCAGUAAAUCAUCACUGAAUGCUUGGGGGACAUCAUCCUUGUCACCACGAACUGAAAGUGGCCCUGGUUCACCAAGCCACCUCAGUAAUCGACCUUCUUCUGGUGGAAGUGUCACUCGACCUUCAACUGCUGAUAGUAACAAAGCACAUGACUCUUCUUCUUCUGUUGCAUGGGAUUCAAACUCUCGGCCUUCAUCAGCAUCUGGGGUGUUUCCAUCUAAUCAGGCAUCAGUUGCACUACAGCGUCCACAUAGUGCAGACACAAGACCAGGAAGUUCCCAGUUAUCCCGAUUUGCUGAACCCGUGUCAGAGACUUCUGCAACAUGGGGCCAACAUGUGGCGGCAGAGAAGUUGGGAGUUGCUCCAUCAAAGAAUGAUGGGUUUUCUUUGACUUCUGGAGAUUUUCCUUCCCUUGGUGCUGAAAAGGAAACUUCUGAAAAGAGUACAAGGCCACAAGAAGCUGGACCUCACGCUCGUCCUCCAUCUUCGUCUGGAAGAUCUGUGGAAGGGCAAGGUGUAGAUUGCACAGAAGAAGCUAAUGAACGGAUUGGAGAUGCCGAUUCCUGGAGAAGAGAUAAUCAACCAUACAGUGAAGAUGCACCUAGACAUUGUAGAGAAGAAGGGCAAUUGGACUCACGUGGUUCACAGUCUUAUCCUAAUGCUAAUUUUCCUCCUCAGUAUGAUGCUUGGCGUGGUCCUCCAGUAAAUAAUCAUCAAGGUGGUGGCUGGUACGGAGGGAACCACCCGUAUGGUGCCCCAAUGGGUCCUGGGGGUUUUCACAUGGAUCCUUUUCCAUUUUAUCCUACGCAAGUUCCACCUUCUCCUGGACAUGGGGCUGGUCCUAGGGGUAAUCACGCCAAUAAUGAAAGAAUGUUCAGACCUCCGAUGCUUGACUCUUAUGUUCACCCAAGGAUGCAGACUAGGCCUGGGUUUUAUGUUGGUCCAGCGCCACACGAAGGCUACUAUGGUCCUCCCAUGGGGUAUGGCAGUCCCAGCAACAGAGACAUGCCUUUUGCAGGUAGGCCUACUGGUCCGCAUGGUUAUAACAAUCACUCUGGUCAAGGUGUAUAUGAUACGCCUGGAAGUUCAGUGUCUUUGGAACGGAACGAGUCAUCACAUUCUCAAGAAACACAAAGGCCAUACAAGGUUAUCCUAAAGCACCAAGAUGGGAGGUUUGGGGAAGAUAGAGCAAAGCGGGAAGAAUUUCUAGGAAAUAGGCUCCCGAAUGCAGAGAAGAUAGCUCAACAGAUGCAAACUUCAAGAAACGAGAGGAGAGAAAUCCGAAAUGAGGCAAGUGGUGAAGUACAACCAAUCAAAGCAGAACUUGCUGCCCCUGGAGAUCCUAGUUUGAUUCAGAAAAUCGAGGGCUUAAAUGCAAAAACUAGAACUAAUGAUGGUUGGCAAAAUGCUUCAUCUGUCGUCAAUAGAGAUGAGCAGGAAAGCAAACCACGUACAGUCAAUUCUGGGAACUCUGUAAAUAAAGUUUCAGCAAAAAAUCCUCGAACUGGUCACGCAAGUGAUAGUAAGAACUCAUUACACUAUAAUCAAGGUGAUUCUGCCACAAACAAAAAUGCUGAACUGGCAGCUAUGGGUGGAACUGCCAUAUUCAGGAGAUCUACUCAACAGACUCAAGGCAGAGCAGAUCCUCAGACCAAACGAAUAGUGAACAGUGAAGGCAAUGAUGCUUGGCAGAAGACAAACACAGAAAGCUUUCACGAGGUUAAUGUGGAUGACUCUUUGGAUACCGAUUCCAUCAGGAGGCCUGGGUCUGGAAUAUCAGCAGACCCAAACGACAACCAGCGUUCUACGAUGAGAGAGUUAGCCAGGCAGCGUGCUCAACAGAGGCAAAAAGAGGAGGAAGAAAGAGCAAGAGAUCAGCGGGCUAAGGCUCUCGCAAAACUAGAAGAGUUGAAUAGACGUUCCCAAGUAUCUGAGGAGGGUUCAGUUAAGAACAGGGAAGCUGCAUCUAAUGCUUCUCCCCCUGACAUGCCAGAAGAUCCUGGGUCUCAUUCAUCUGCUCUUGAGAUGAAGAACACUGUUGCAGUUGCAAAUUCUGUAGAACCUACUGGAGGAUCAGGAAAAAACACAAUGCAAAACACGAAGACUUCAACAGAAUAUGCAAAUAAUGUAGGCCCUACCCAACAGGAUAAUCUUCCACGUGAUCGUGAUGGCGGUGGCUCAAAACAGAAGCGCUUGGGUUAUAAGCAGAAGCAGCAAAAUAUAUUAUUUGAGAAAAAAACGACAGGGAGCUCUGUUGCUACUACAGAGGUGUUUGAUGUUGUUCCAUCUCCUGUGGUUGUUAAUGAAGGUGUCUCAAGCCAUAACUCAGACAUGCCAGCAACGUCAAGCGUUUCAGCUGAGUCAACUUUCCCGAAAAGAAAAAAUAACAGGAAUGGUAAGAAAAAGCACAAGGCUGAGGAGACAGCAACGAUGAAUACGACAAGAGUUGCUGUUGGAAAAGAAACAAAAUCGGGAGAUGAGUCAAUUGAGACUGGUAGGGCAAGGGCAGCUGAAAUGGAGUCGGGGUCUGUUUCAGUUCCAAGCCUGGAUAUCAAAGUGUCUGGUGAUUCGUCUGAACAAAUCAGUUCCUUCACUAAUGAAGAGUCUCAAAACAGGGCAAAAAACAACUGGAAAUCUCAACAUUUGCGUAGGACUCAAAGAAACUCACUGGUAAAUAAGCCUGGCGAGAAAUUUUCUGGCAACAAUGCUGUUAUAUGGGCUCCAGUACAUCCACAGCAAAAAGCUGAUGUUUCCACAGGUGGAGGGAGUCAGACUACUGUCCCUGAGUUUGGCACCUCUUCAAAGAGUCAGCAUCAUGGACAGACUAGUUCUAAAAGCAAAAGAGUGGAGAUUGAAAGAUAUGUACCGAAGCCCAUAGUAAAAGAAAUGGCUGAGCAAAUCGUCAGUAAAAAUCUAGUAAACUCUGCUCCAGAUAUGUCGGAGAAUGUAAACCAGAAAGAAAAUCGUGGAGGUGAGGGUACAGGAAUUCUCGAACCUUCUGGUUCAACUGCAGGAAAUUCUGGGUCUCCUUCAAAGUCAAGACACGGGAAUGGUAGGCAGGGAAAGCAUGGUAGAGAACAUGGAUCAUGGCACCAGAGAGGUUCUGGAGCACAUACUAAACCUUUGGAGGAUGGACAAUAUGUAACCUCAAAUCAGCCCAUUCGAGGAACAGUUAACUAUCACUCUAGUAACCAAACCGAACAAAUUGCUGCCAAGGAUCAAACCACAUGUAAUAAGGAUGGAUGGAACGAUGGCUGGUAUAUGACUCCUGAAACGCAUUACUCUGCUGCUGAAGAAAUGGAAUCCAGUGCUGUUGGAAAAGAUCAAGGAAUGAGCAUGCACGGCAAGCAGCAUGCUUCCAGAAGCAACAAGGAUGGAGGAAGCAACUAUGGUGACCCUAAAAAAGCCAAUAAGAGGGAUUUCAAUAAAGCUCAUAUGCAGCACUCUGGCCAUGGGUUUAACCAACCAGAUUUGCCUGCUGCUUCAAAAGAAAGUCGUGUCCCUGGAGAUCAUGUGUGGCAUACAGCUAAUAGGACAGGUAAGUAUGGUGGUCGUGAAAGUACGAGGGACAAACCUUAUGGAUCUCAGAAAAAAGAUGUUGCUGGAUACGAGCAUCAAGGGUUUACUACAGAACAGAAAACGACAUCUGCUGAUACACAAGCCCAGUCGCAAAACCGAUCUACCAAUAAUGAGGUCCAGGUUGAGCAAAAUCCGAAUAGUAUGUUCCAAAAGAACACAGGGCAGGGUCGACGAUUUGGAAGAGGGCAGGAGUCACAAGGAGGUUGGGGGUUACCGGCGCAAGAAAAUCUGCACCAUCACCAUCAGAGGCCACCUUCAAACAGAGAUAGACAGAAGCAAAAUAUGCAUUAUGAAUACAAACCUGUUGGGUCUCAUAAUUAUGAUGGAGAACGUAGUGGAGAACAAUCGAAAGAGAGUUAUCAGACAGAAGGUCCAAGAUACAGAGAGAAGGGACAGGGGCAGCAAAGGCAGGGUGGAUACCAACAGCAAAGGGGUACUAGUGGGAGAAACACUGGUCAUGGAUUCACAGCGAUGGAGUCUACUGCUACUGCUCUCGUCGUCAAGGUGAGCUAUGGAGGUGUGCUUAGGCGUUUCAGGGUGCCUGUUAAAGCCAAUGGACAGCUUGAUCUUGAAAUGGCUGGUCUUAAGGAAAAGAUCGCUGCUCUCUUUAACCUCUCUGCGGAUGCUGAUUUGUCUCUGACUUACUCUGAUGAGGAUGGGGAUGUGGUUGCCCUUGUUGAUGACAACGAUCUCUUUGAUGUUACUAAUCAGCGUCUUAAGUUCUUGAAGAUCAAUGUGCAGUUGAACUCUGGCAUGCCCACAAACCCUAUUACUCCACAGAGUAGUGGGAGUUCUACACCUGCGGGUAUGCCUAACAGCCAAAACCCGGUUUCCAAAAUCCAGAAGGGUAUAAAUGACGUUCUGAUGGCUGUACCUAACCCAAUGCGUGAUACCUUAUCGAAGGUGUACAUGGACCUUGCAUCGAAAGCUGCAACUUCUAGUCCUGUAGUUGGUGAGAUGUUUGAUUGUAUCUCCAAGCUAGGGCAACUCUCAGUUCCUCAGGAAAGUAGUCCUUGCUCACCUGUUACUAAGCCUGGUUCUUCAGGACCUUCCCUGAGCAGGGAUGUUCCUUCCGCUGCUGAAAAGACGGAUAUCUCUGAGAGGACCCAGACCGGAAGGAAACCUGCUAAUCUGAAUGAACCCACUGAUUCAAAGACUUCUGGUCAUGUACCAACCUCGUCUGGACUGGGUGCUAAUUUCAACGAGUGUCCCUUUAGUGGCAGUACCCUGAAUUACUCCUGUCCAAAUCCAGUUAACCUGAACAAGCAUGCUCGUCGUGUAUGUCAUUCCAAAAAGGGCACCAAUGGUGAUUACUGGACUUCAUUGGGUGUGUUCCAUAAGGGCAUCCGUUGUGAUGGAUGUGGAGUUCUUCCAAUUACUGGGCCUAGAUUUAAGUCGAAAGUUAAAGAAGACUAUGAUCUUUGCACCAUCUGCUAUUCGGUGAUGGGUAACGAGGGGGAUUACACAAGAAUGGAAAAGCCUGUAUCAGUUCAACAUCUACAUCCUUUUAGAGGACAGUUUACCCAAUUUCCUAAUCCUUGGUCGAGCCAUCCUGUGCCGCGAACAAUCAAUGGAGGUUCAUCCAUCAGGUGUACUCGGCCUAAACUAGACAGUCGCUUUGUCCUUGAUGUGAAUGUAGUUGAUGGAACUGUUGUUGCUCCAUCCGCCCCAUUUACUAAGAUUUGGAAAAUGAGGAACAGUGGUUCGCUGGUGUGGCCUCAGGGCACACAGAUUGUCUGGAUCGGUGGGGACAGGUUCUGCAACUCAUUGUCAGUUGAUUUACAGAUUCCAAAGGAGGGUGUGCCUAUCUAUAGUGAGCUUGAUGUCAAAGUUGAUUUUGUUGCACCAGAGUUACCUGGUCGAUACAUUUCUUAUUGGAGGAUGGCUUCCUCUGACGGUGCUAAGUUUGGGCAACGUGUUUGGGUGUUGAUACAUGUUGAUGCAUCCCUCAAGAAUUCUGUUGUGAAUGAGUUCCACGGACUCAACCUGAAUGCCUCCCCCUCCCUUGAUGAGAAUUUUUCAAGUGAAUUUCCAGGGAUUAUUAAUUAUGAGUCAGCUCAACCUGGCAGCUCCAAUGUCAAUCCUGGGACAGUGAAAGGUGCUGAUCUAGAGGGAGAAGAAAUUGGUGAAUCGCAGGUCCUGGAGAAAGAAAACACGUUGAUUGGUGAAGUUCGUCUUGCUAUCCCUCAGAGUCAUUCUCCUUCAUCUUCAUCUUCGUCAUUUAACAUGGUCGAGUUCCCAAAUAUGCCUGCUGUUGAGGUCGUGUCUGGUGGUUCUUCAUCUACAAAAGACACCCCAGUUCCUCUUCAAGAGGACAUAGAAAAGAAUGACGUGGAGAUAACCAUGCUCAAGGAGCUAGAGGAAAUGGGUUUCAAGGAGAUAGAUUUGAACAAGGAGAUCUUGAGGGAUAACGAGUACAACUUGGAGCAGUCGGUUGAUGCUCUUUGUGGAGUUAGCGAGUGGGAUCCUAUUCUAGAGGAGCUUCAGGAAAUGGGCUUCUGUGAUGAUGUGACGAACAAGAGGCUGCUGAAGAAGAACAAUGGAAGCAUCAAAGGUGUGGUAAUGGAUCUCCUCACAGGGGAGAAGGAGGCUUAAUGAGCUCUUUGGAUUGGCAACUCUUCUCUAUCUAUCUAUCUAUCAGGAAUAAUUAUGUUUUUAUAAAUAAAACCUGAUCUCUCUAGUCUGGUUUCAUGCUACUACUUCACAUGGUGUGUUCCGUUGCUAUGUGUUGGAUGAUGUUACUAUUUAAAAUUUAUCUUAAGACUUGGAUGGUUUCUUUCUUAUUUCAAUUUUAGCUUUAUGUCGUUCUGACUGAUUAUGGUUCUGUCUUUCAUAUUUGAUUUCAUCGCUUUAAUUAUGGUCUCCAUUUCUCAGCUGAAUUCUGUCUGAUACAUGUGAGAGUUUGUGAGAAGAGCUUUCGUUGAAACAAAAUGUAUUAAUUAACAUUUACCCUCUUA